AUGUCCCUUUUUGAGGGCUACAAAAUUAUCGUAAAAGGAAAUUUGACAAUAUUUCCGUCAAACGAGUUAAUAGACGGAAUAAUUAUCCACUUAUCUUAUAAAUUUAUAAAAUACAGAGUACAUGCACAAGGAAUACAUUUAAAUGUCGACUUUGAAAACACACACACUGUUAAGGACUUAAUCGAAAAGUACAAAAAUAUGAGUAACUUGCACUGUAAUUUAAGUAAAGAAAAUGAAGAGAAAGAUAUAAUUGAAGGCGACAUAUUAAGAACAAAUAACUGUGUUAUUUUUAUAAAUAUAACAUACAAAGACAAUUUAAAACAUAUUUAUGAUUUUAUGGAAUAUUUACAUUUAAAUACAAGCGCAACUGCGUUAAUAUUUAUUUGUGAUAAUUUUUUGUAUGAAAAUGAAAUAUAUAACCCACAUGAGGAUUUAAAUUUAACCAUUAUUCAUCCAAGUAUAUUAACAUAUUUAAUUCCGUAUGAUUUAAUCUCCCAUUAUGAAAAAACAAAUUAUGAUAAAUAUACUUUUGAGUUAUAUUGGGGUGUACAGAAGAAAACUGACCUUGUUCAUAUUAUUUAUCACUUAGAUUUUGGAAAAUAUUUUAAUUACACUUUUUUUAUUUACAUGAAACAUUUUUUACUAGAACUAAAAAAUUAUUUAACAUAUGAAAUUCAAUUUAGUAUACAUAAAAAUUUCACAAUAGACCCUCGCUUUUGUUUUAUUCGAGAUUCCUCCUACUGUAUUAGCAAACCUGAUUAUGUGAACUCUAACGUUGUAAGGGAGGUGGUAGAACAACAAGUAAGAAGUUUAUGUAUUUAUGAGUUAACUGCAGUUGAAAAUGAAAUCGCUAAACAACUGGAUCAAGAGAAUGAUAUACUUUCUAAAGCAGAAUAUUAUGAACAGGUCAGAAAUUUCCCAAAUACAGCUGCUGGUGAUGAUUAUAAUUCUGAACAUAUCAUUAAAAAGAAUAAUAUUUUGUUAAAUAAAAAAAGAAAAAACAAAAUACAAAAAAAAACAUUCAGUGAAAAAUACAUCCAUUAUAUAAAUGCACUAUUCGAUUUCGGAUUUGAAAAAAAAUUUUGUUCUAACGGAUCCAACGAUUUAACUAAAAAAUGUUCAGACAAAAUUUUGUCUCUUUUACAUGUACCUGUUAAGGAAGUUGAUAAAUGCUUUUUGAAAAAUUUCCAUACUUACAUGAAGAAUAUGAUAAAAAGUAAGUUCUAUGUUUAUUCAAUAACAAUUAAUGAUAAAACCUAUAAAAUUAAAUUGAAUAAAGAUAUCAGCAUAAAGUUAAUUUGCUCUGCUUUUAAAAUUAUGCCAAAGCGGUGUGUAGAUUACCUGAUGGAAGAGCCCAAUUUGCCUGACCCUGCAAUGAGAAAGCAUAGUCACGAGGAAUUACUUUCCUUUUACUUUCUUCUUAUCGUAAUUCUGGCCCACAUUACGGGAACGUUCCUGAACUAUUUAGUACCUCAUUACAUCGAUGUUUACGAAAAGAAAAAAUAG